UCUUUAGAUGACAAUCAAAACAAAACCAAUGAAAAGAAAGAGAAAAAAAUGGUUUCUCAGAAACCCCAUGGUACCAUAGAAUACACUGCUGGAAAUCACGACACCAUAAACAGCAUAGCAUUAAAGUUUAACAUCACCCCAAACAAGCUUGUGGAGCUCAAUAAGCUUUUCACACAGACAAUUGUGCCAGGCCAGAUUCUCUUUGUGCCAGAAACAAGCACUGCAAGGGGGUCGUCUUUCAGUCCUGGUGCUCCCGUUUCUCCUUCAUCCUCAGAUGCCGAGUAUGAUAAACUACCUGAUGCUGAUUUGGCAAGAAAGGCCUUCAAGCCAGUAGAGAGAGUCCUGUCCUCUACUUCAGAAGAGGAUGAGCCUGUGGUUGUCAAAUUUUUAAAAAUGAAUUGUCGUUACUUCACAGAUGGUAAGGGCGUAGUUGGAGGAGUCAUGAUAGUAACUCCAAACAAUAUCAUGUUUGACCCACAUAAGUCUGAUCCUCUGGUAAUUGAGAAUGGCUGUGAAGAGUAUGGUCUCAUCUGCCCCAUGGAGGAAGUUGUCUCCAUAGCUCUCUACAAUGACAUCUCUCACAUGAAGAUCAAAGACGCAUUGCCAUCGCCAGGAGAAUGGGAAGACCUGUCCUCUGAGAAAGAUAUCAAUCCUUUCAGCAAAUUCAAAUCCCUUAGCAAGGAAAGGAGGCAGCAGAAUGGGGAUCCAUCCAUUCCUCUGGGUGCCAAACAGAUAAAGCCUUCCAGUGAGGAAAAGUCUUCUGAUUUUGAAGUUCUUCAGUCAUCUGAGAGUAAAGGUUCAAUCAAAUCAAAGUCACUGGAGAUUCCCAAAAACAUGACUGCCACUGAACAUCUGGAAAAGUCUGCUGCGGAUCCAUGUGCCAAGGAGCCUUCUGGGGAAAAAAAAGGUUCAGACAUAAAAACCAAAGAAAAAUCCAUUUUGGAAGGAGAGGAUGACUUCAUUGAGCUGGAAAAGUCAUCAUCUCAUACGGAUAGAGGAUUGGACAGGAAAAUCUCAGUAAUGGAAGGCUUGCUGACUGACCCCAGGGACUUGGGGAGAACUAAGCAGCAGGUAACCAAACCCACUACAGAAGUCCAGGAGCACUUGACAGUUGAUUCCUUGGAAAAAAAGGACAGUGUUGAACCUAAAGCUGACUUAGACUUAGAGCUGUGUGAAAAGCAAGAUGUUAUUCCAGAAGUAAACAAAUGUGUCAGUUCCCCAACAGGUAAGGUGGAGACUGCAUUGGACACUAAGAAAGAGCUAGAGAAAGAUAAACUUAUUGAAUUUUACCUCAAUAAAGAUGGGAAUGGGUCUCAGUCCUCAGAAGACUUACACAAGGCUGAAAUCCAGAAAGGUGAAAAUAAUAAAGCAGUUGGCAUAGACCUUACACUUAGCUGUUCAAAGUCUCAAGCUAAUGAAGUCCAUACAGUUAAAACACCUUCAUUAGAAAUCAGCUCAGCAGCAGAGGAAAAGGAUCUGAAAGAGUCUCUGGACUCUUCAUUAGUACCAGCUAUAGACAAGACCGGUCAAGAAGCGCAGUUAGACAAUCAAUCAGAAAUCAGACUGUGGCUGCUGCAGAAAAUUCAAGUGCCAAUUGAAGAUAUGCUUCCUUCAAAAGAGGAGAAGAGCAAGACUCCUCCAAUGUUUCUGUGCAUUAAAGUAGGCAAGCCCAUGAGAAAGUCCUUUGCAUCUCAGAGCACCACCAUGUCUCAACAGUACAGUAAAAAGAUAAAGCAGCCAGAGUACUGGUUUGCUGUUCCUCGAGAGAGGGUGGAUCACUUGUACACAUUUUUUGUCCAGUGGUCACCAGAAAUAUAUGGGAAAGAUGCGAAAGAGCAAGGUUUUGUUGUGGUAGAAAAGGAGGAGCUUGACAUGAUAGACAACUUCUUCAGUGAGCCCACUACUAAAAGCUGGGAGGUGAUUAAAUCUACACCUGGAGUCGUCCCGUGCGUUUGCUUUCUCGCCUGUGGGAGUGUUUGCAGUUACUAUGAAGAAGAAGAAGAAGGUGAUACUUUGCCUGUCUUAAAGCAUCACAGCGCUCUCCUGGAGAACAUGCACAUCGAGCAGCUUGCCCGGCGCCUGCCCGCGCGCGUGCAGGGCUACCCGUGGUGCCUGGCCUACAGCACCCUGGAGCAUGGCACCAGCCUGAAGACUCUGUACCGCAAAUCCGCGUCGCUCGACAGCCCCGUUCUCCUUGUCGUCAAGGACAUGGACAACCAGAUAUUUGGAGCAUAUGCUACACAUCCCUUCAGGUUCAGUGAUCAUUACUAUGGCACUGGUGAAACAUUCCUCUACACAUUCAGUCCGAAUUUCAAGGUGUUCAAAUGGAGUGGAGAGAACACCUACUUCAUCAACGGAGACACCAGCUCUCUGGAGCUUGGAGGUGGAGGUGGCCGGUUUGGCUUAUGGUUGGAUGCAGAUUUGUAUCACGGGAGAAGCAACUCCUGCAGCACCUUCAAUAAUGACAUCUUAUCUAAGAAAGAAGAUUUCAUAAUACAAGAUGUAGAAGUAUGGACAUUUGAAUGAAAUACUGACUGCCUUAAGGAUUGGAUCCAUUAGGCACUUGAAAGCUAACUAGAAGGUGCAGGCUGCCUCACAACAUUACAUGCUUUUUCCUCAAGUUUGUACCAGAGCAUGACUACGCAAAAAAGCCAACCGACCAACCCAAGACAAAGCAGAGAGCUGGUUUUGGGACGCAGUAAGAGAU